AUGACCUCCCCGGUGGCCCUGGUGCCGCCGCUGGACAACGAGGAUCUCCUCUCCUUGAUCCUCGUCCACCUCCCGCCGCUGGCAUCCUCCUUCUCCAGCCCCGCCCUCGUCUGCAAGCGUUGGCACCGCCUCGUCCGCGACCCGGGCAUGUCCGGCAUACGAAUUGCCACCGCGGUGCGGGAUCUCCGGAGGGACGGCGCCGGCGGCAUGUGGUGGUUCGUCGACUGCCGCCACGGUCGCGUCCUUCUCCGCAGCCGCGACUGGGUCGAUCUGCUCGUCUGGGAUCCCAUCACCGGCCACCGCGUCUUAAUCACCGUCCCCGACCAGGUGCGGGCAGGCGCGUCCGACUGCAACGCUGCGGUCCUCUGCCCAUCAGGCGCCACUGGCUGCGGGGGCGCUUGCCGCUCCAGCCCCUUCAGUUCAGUGUAG